AUGAGUACACCGUCGUCUAUAUUUAAAGUACGUUUCCAAUCUGAUUCCUCCAGACUCCAGGAGGAGAUGAUCCAAAGAGAGGAGGCAGAAAACAACCUGGCAGCUUUCAGGGCGGAUGUGGACGCUGCCACUCUGGCUCGUCUGGAUCUGGAGAGACGCAUCGAGACGCUGCAGGAAGAGAUCGCCUUCCUGAAGAGGAUCCAUGAAGAGGAGAUCAGAGAGCUCCAGACGCAGAUGCAGGAGACUCAGGUUCAGGUCCAGAUGGACAUGUCCAAACCGGACCUGACGGCGGCGCUGAGGGACAUCAGAGCUCAGUACGAGGGCAUCGCCGCCAAGAACAUCUCCGAGGCCGAGGACUGGUACAAGUCAAAGGUGAGAGACUGGUAACACGGACUGUG